CCAACUCCCAGCGUCACCGACUCACCGUCAGCCAGGGAGAAACAGAGGGACGGACGCGAACCCACCGAACAAACCGCGUCGCGCCCCUUCUAAUCCUGCCUGCCCUGUCGCGACUCUCUGGCUCGGUGGCCCCCUCCAAGCUCCGCUCCAACCUCCAAGCUCUGCUCCCUGUCCAUCUCCACCACCCCACGACACUAAAAUUUAGUUGGAGCAGUAACACCUGGGCUUGAGCUUGCAAGCACCACCACCGCGAACGUCGUGGCGCGCAUGUGGGCGGCCUCUACAUCCCGCGUCCCACCUCCACCGCCUUCGUCGUCGGCCUAGAUCCAUCCAACAAGCUCACGACCUCCAUUCCCCCGGAGGCCACCAUCCUCCCGCGGACAAAGCCUCAGCGCCAGCGAGUUCCUGUUUGCGGUGGGGAGAGAGGCGCCGCGAUGGCUGCGGACCGCGGCCUCCUCCUUCUGCUCCUCUCUGCCGCCGCCAUUGCCGGGGUGGCCUCCGCCGCUGGUCCUUUCUUGUCCGCAGAUGGCGUGUUCCAGGUGAGCGCCGGAUCUACUGGGAGGAGCUUGCUGCAGGCCAAGAAGAAUUGUGCCAUGAACUUUGAGUUUCAAAACUACACGAUCAUCACAAGCAAGUGCAAAGGGCCAAAAUUUCCUGCCGACCAAUGCUGUGGUGCUUUCAAGGAAUUCGCAUGUCCGUUCCGUGAUUACAUCAAUGAAGACAGCAGCGACUGUUCUUCGGCAAUGUUCAGCUACAUCAACCUCUAUGGCAAGUACCCACCAGGCCUGUUUGCCAACAUGUGCCGUGAGGGAAAGAAGGGGCUUGCCUGCACAGAUGCCCAGAGCAGCAUCGCUGCGAAUGGUGUCCAACGAGCUCAAAGCAGCUCUCUUGUUUUGGUUACGCUCGUUUGUGGAUUGGUAGCAUUGUUGUUCCAUUGAAUGAUGAUGCCUUCAGUUUCGCCAAAAAUGGUGUUUUUGUAACUGAUGAGGCUCAAGUUCAUUCUCUGUGCCUUGUGGUGCUAAAAUUGUGGGCGGGUCUGAGAAUUUCUUCCUUUUAUGUGUAAAAAUCUUUCCUAAUGUAAUUUAUGACAGAUUGCAUAUUCUAUGGGCUUCACACCUGUCGUCUGUCGAUGCCGAAUUAGAGCUUUGGGACUCAAUUCACUAUACCAUUGUAUUGUGACUGUUGCAUUAAAUUAAAUUGAAUUCAUACCAUUCAUUCA